GGGCUGGGCUGGGUGGAGCUAGGCCCGAGUGGGAAGGCGUCGCUGAGCUGAAUCUUUGUGGAGUGGAGUGGGGCGAGAGUCCUCCGAGUAGUCUGGAAAAUUAGACUUCUGAGCCUUAAUUCAUACUCAUAAGCAGCUAGUAAAUUGUAAAAUAUAGUGAAGCAAUGUAGUGUAGUAACUAAAACCCCAAGCUUUGGAGCCAGAUUGGGCCUUUAACCCUAAAGUUGCCGUUUAUUUUGACUGGCGAGUCAUUUACUUGUAGAUUUAUUUAUUUUUAUUUUUAUUUUUUUCUGAGACAGGGUCUCACUCUGUCUUCUAGGCUGGAGUGCAGUGGUGCGAUUUCGGCUCACUACAACCUCCGCCUCCCGGGUUCAAGCGAUUGUCCCACCUCAGCCUCCUGAGUAGCUGGGAUUACAGGCUUCCACCAUCACGCCUGGCUAAUUUUUGUAUUUUCAGUAGAGAGGGGGUUUCACCGUGUUGGCCAGGCUGGUGUCGAUCCUGACCUCGAGUGGUCCGCCCACCUCGGCCUCCCAAUGUGCUGGGAUUACAGGCGUGAGCCACCGCGCCUGGCCAUUUAAUUAACUCUUUAAUACUGUUUCUCCUGUAAGAUGAACUAGCUGUGAGAGGUUUCUGGGAUAUUGGUUCACUCAGCAAGGAUGUUUAAAAAUGCCUUCUAUGUGCCAGACGCUGUUCAAGGCCAUCAGUGAAGAGAAGGAGUGGGAGAAAAAGGUUUGAGGAGAGAAGUUCUCCAACAUCUUCAAAUAAAGAAGUGGUUAUGAGGAAUGAUCAGAAUAAUGGAGAUAUGAAACCAUUCCAGAAUUUCACAACAAUACCAAUCACACAGGCUCUCAACUACAAUCUGAUCAAAGAAGGGCAUUUAGAAAAAGAACCUUGGAAUGCAUUCAGCCAUCAUGGCCCAGUUAAUGUCUCCAUCAGUGGAAUUCCUUGCAUUCUCUUCUGGGCCAAAAGAAUAAUGAUUAAAUUUAAGAAUCAAACCUGGCUGGACCUUACAGACGAGCCAUUUGGUCAGAAGGUAACUGUGGACCCUGACAACUCAAACUGCAGUGAAGAAAGUGCUAGGUUGUCUUUGAAGCUUGGUGAUGCUGGAAACCCCAGAAGUCUUGCUAUAAGAUUCAUCCUUACCAAUUACAACAAGUUGUCCAUCCAGAGUUGGUUUAGUUUGCACCGAGUCGAGAUCAUUUCCAACAAUUCAAUCCAAGCCGUCUUUAACCCAACUGGCGUAUAUGCUCCCUCUGGUUACUCCUACCGCUGCCAACGCGUGGGCAGCCUGCAGCAGGACCAGGCCCUCUUGCUGCCCAGCGACACGGAUGAUGGGUCGAGCCUGUGGGAGGUCACUUUUAUUGAUUUCCAGAUCCAAGGUUUUGCCAUCAAGGGGGGACGAUUUACCAAGGCCCAAGACUGCGCCUCCUCCUUCUCGCCAGCUUUUCUGAUCGGCCUGGCAAUGUCCCUGAUCCAGCUGCUGGUGUUGGCCUAUGCCCUGCACAUGCUCAUCUACCUGCGGUAUCUGGACCAACAAUAUGAUCUCAUCGCCUCUCCUGCCCACUUCUCGCAGCUGAAAGCUCGAGACACAGCCGAAGAGAAGGAGCUGCUGAGGAGCCAGGGGGCUGAAUGCUAUGAACUGAGAAGCCAACAGAUCAGCAAAAUCUAUGUUUAGCAGCACAGGCUGGCCCCUACCAUGUCCACAGUGGGCUCCGAAAGUUGUUUCUGUUCUGUGCUAUUUGACUUGUGAAUUACAGAUUUUCACCAAAUGGCUUGAUUACAAAAAAAACGAAAAAACACAAAAAGAAAAUAGAUAAUGAAUUCUUUUUGAACCAUCCACUGGCCUACUUAGGUAGACUUGGGGCAAUCAAAAAAGGCAUCUCAGGGAUCCCACAGAGACAAAUAUGACUCUUAGUUGCCUCUAAGUACCCUGAAAGCAAAGGGGUAUUUCAAGUAGGGAAAAAGAGAGAGAGAGAAGAAGAAGGAGGAGGAGGAGAAGGAGAAGGAGGAGCAGGAGGAAGAGGAGGAGGAGGAGGAGAGGGAGGGAGGGAGGGAGAGGGAGAGAGAGAGAAAGAUUGGCAACACAGAGAAGGGAAAACACACUUGGUCCUCCUUGCCUGUGCCAGUUUGGAUGUGAUAAUUAUAGAAAUAAUAAACCAAGAUUAUCUGGAA